UUAUCUCAUUGACUACCCUUAUAGCCCCACAAACAUUGACUACCUCGAUAGUCACUUCCGCUAUCCUAAUUCCCUAUAUUCCACCAUGCCACAACCAGAUCCCCUUAUAAUUGUCAUACGCUUUUCCGACGGAAUUCCUGAUUUACAGAUUCCCGUUCCCGCCUCCCAAACCGUUACCACAACCGGUAUUCGGCGCAAUAUCCGAAGCGAGCGUAACCCCGAGACAGGCCUCAAGCGGCUCAGACUAUUGUAUAAUGGGCGAAUGCUUACAGGAAGGACCAACUUUGCCAGGGAAGUGUUCAAGUAUAUCCCUCCACCGCCACCCAGCGACAAUGCAGGCUCCACGCCAGAGCCGUACCUUCUCUAUGUCCACUGUCUUAUUGGGGACGAUUUGACGGCAGCAGAGAUUGCUGAUGAAGAUAAACUCGAUCAGUUACAACAGGAAACGCAAGAUUCGAGUCAUACGGGGGUAGUCCCGCCUCCAUCGGGUUUUGACCGCUUGCGAGACGCCGGUUUCUCGCAGGAAGACAUUGACGAGUUGCGAAGCCAGUUCCGAGCGAUCUACGGAGGUUCUGACGGCGGUGAAGAAGCGGAGGAUGGACAGAAUCGCGAGACUUUGAGACAGUUGGAGGACGAGUGGAUCGAUGCCACGGUGCACACGGAUGGAACGGACGAUUUCAAUAACAUUGUUGGGAGAAUGAACACCACCCGGAGUGCUGGCAGCGGUACCGGAAACACCAACCGGGAUUUGCUCGUUGGUUUGAUGAUGGGAUGUUUCUUUGGAGUUUUGUGCUUGAUUUUGAUGAAAGACACCAGCUUGUGGAGUAAGAAGAUAAGGAUGGCGAUGUGUGCGGGUAUGAUUGUGAAUUUUUCUUUUGGGUUGACACGAUCGUGGUACUAAGGCAGUCUUAAAAGGGUUUGCGAUUCGAAGGUGCAGUCGAAGUUAAUCUGAAGUAUUGAGGUUCCUUCAACUGGUUAUUGCAUUUACUCAUUCCACUAUUUUCUAUCCAAAGAAGUUGUGCCAGACUUAGCCAGUAGCUGUGUUACAUACUUAUCUAACCGGUUUUGGCUAGUCGAAAACUAGACUUCGAUCCACGUUUCUUUGAAUCGGGAUUUAUGCGGUAGC